UCUAUAAUAUCACGUAAAGAGAAGAUCCUUGUUUCUCACACAUUUCAAGUCUCUAAUAGUUGUUCUUUUGACUUUCUUUAGAAUAAUCUUGAUAGUGAGAAACCAGGCCUCGAUGGAGAGGCAAAGGAGUUUCUCCUUCAAACCCACGAGGUUAUUGUUGUUUUCUUUCACCAUCUUUUCUGCUAUAAUCUUCUUAUGCUUCUUCUCCAUUUGGGUCAUGACUGCAGUCCCUUCAAACGCUCGAGUCCAGUUCAGUGAACCCCUAGUCAAUUUGGUUCCCACGCCUGUAAAUGUUGAGACCUUGUCUGGGUUUAGUCGGAAAAACUCGGGGGAUGGUGUGAAAAAACCAAUCGUUAUUGAUGCCCAUUUGAGGAAACGGGAAAAUGCAUCUGGGUCUGCAAGUAUUUCAGUUUUCGAGGGGAUUCAGAGGAGGGACAACGAGUCUGAAGUUUCAGAUGAGGAUACAAACAAGAAUGGAGCUGUAGACGGUAAUUUCACGACUGGGCAAGAGAGUGUUUCUAAUAGUACUUCAUUUGAGAAGAUUGAAGUUCAUACCGAUCAGAGGAUUGAAGAGAAGAAGAAUAGAGAGUGUGCUCUUUGGAAAGGGAGGUGGGUUUUUGAUGAGAGCUAUCCUUUGUACACAAAUCAGUCAUGCCCCUUCAUUGAUGAAGGAUUUGAUUGUGGGGGUAAUGGAAGAUUGGAUAAAGACUACAUGAAAUGGAGAUGGCAGCCACAAGAUUGUGACAUUCCAAGGUUCAAUGCAUCAAGAAUGUUGGAAUUAAUCAGAGGGAAAAGACUAGUUUUUGUAGGCGAUUCCAUUAAUAGGAAUCAAUGGGAAUCCAUGCUGUGUUUGUUAUUUGGAGCUGCCAAGGAUCCAAAGAAGGUCUACGAGAGGCAUGGGCGGAAAAUUACCAAGGAAAAGGGGAAUUAUAGUUUCAAAUUUGUGGAUUAUAAAUGUACAGUUGAAUACUAUGUAAGCCAUUUCUUAGUUCAUGAGGGAAAGGCAAGGGUAGGGCAGAAGCGGGUGCAAACCCUGCGAAUUGAUUCAAUUGAUAGAGGCUCAUCCAGAUGGAGAGGAGCUGAUAUUGUGGUUUUCAACACUGCACAUUGGUGGUCACAUUUCAAAACCAAAGCUGGGGUCAACUACUACCAGGAAGGCAAUCAAGUUCAUGCCCGUCUUGAUGUUCUGACGGCUUUCAGAAAGGCUUUGACGACCUGGGCAUCAUGGGUCGACAAGCAUAUCAAUCCAGGCAAAACUAGAGUUUUCUUUCGAAGUUCAGCACCUUCUUAUUUCAGGGGAGGCCAAUGGAAUUCGGGUGGGCAUUGCAAGGAAGCCACUCAACCUCUCAAUGAAACCUUCAAUUUUGAUUACCCAGAAAAGAGCAUAAUCGCAGAAGAGGUUAUAAAGCAGAUGAAAACUCCAGUCACUUUCUUGAACAUAACCAGUUUAUCACAGUAUAGGAUAGAUGGCCAUCCAUCCAUUUUCGGAAGAAAACCAGAGAAGGCCUACUCGUCAAGCAUCCAAGACUGCAGCCAUUGGUGUCUUCCUGGGGUCCCUGAUACCUGGAAUGAAUUGUUGUAUUUUCAUUUGCAAUCUACAAGAAAGAAGAGAUUUAGAGAGUAAAUUCAUCAGCAUUCGACAGAUAUUCUUUCAUUCCCUUUCACCUGAUGGUCUUUCAGGCUAAUGUGUACAAAUGUAAAAUGCUCUUGUCGAGGUUUGUUCUUUGAACAAAGAGAAAUUCACCAUUGCAAUUGCUUUCAAA